UAGAGCCUUUUGAAACCAUUCUUUAAAUUUUACAGCUAUUUAAAGUUACUUGGGGUCCGUAUACUUAACUAUAAUGAGACACGACAGCAAAUAACGAUAAUCGUACUGGUACAGUAGCCACUUUCAAUAAAUAAUAAAAUAAAGCCAUAUUUUAGCAAGUAAGCGUCUUACUCGGUUGCCUUACAAUGUCUUAAGGCGCCUACAGACGGACGAACAUACCUUGAGAUAUGUACGCGCGUAGAAGUAUGCGCGUACAUAUACGUUUUGUCGAAGUUCCCUACACACGUAAAGAUAAUUUACUAUUCAGUUUGUUUUUCAUCAUGGGGACCGUCAGUAAUCAUGAUAUAUAUUUAUUAGCAGUGGCGUGUGUGUGCAUAAUAAAGAAAAAACAAAAACAAUUAGUGUAUAACCGAAAGCCAAGAAGUAAAUGAGUGAAGAAAUGGUUGUUACAGCGUGAUCGAUUUUCACAUAUAAAGCUACUAGAAGAACUUCGUUUAGAAUCGGAUGAUUAUCGAAAUUAUCUCCGCAUGGAUGAAGAUAGCUACGUAUUACUUUUAAAAUUAGUAACACCACUAAUCCAGAAACAAGACACGUGCAUGAGGUCUGCCAUAUCACCACAUGAAAGACUAUCAGUUACACUUCGAUACCUAGCUACUGGCAGAAAUUAUGAAGAUUUAAAAUUUUCCAGUAUUAUUUCACCUCAAUCUCUAAGUAAAAUAAUUCCGGAGACUUGCAGUGCUAUUUAUCAAGUAUUAAAGGAUGAGUAUAUAAAGUUUCCUACAACAGAGAAUGAAUGGAAUAUAAUUGCAAAUGAUUAUGAAACAAAAUGUAACUUCCCAAACUGCGUGGGAGCCGUUGACGGGAAAUAUGUUAAUGUCCUUCCCCCUGCUGGAAGUGGUUCAUACUUCUAUAAUUACAAAGGAGGGCACAGUUUAGUGCUUAUGGCUAUAGUCAACGCAAAUUAUGAGUUCAUUAUGGUUGAUUUUGGGGUAAAUGGUCGAAUAUCUGACGGAGGAGUUAUUGACCACACUAUAUUUUACCAGAAACUAAAAAAUGGAAAAUUAUCUUUACCACCUAAAACAAAACCUAAAGGCAGUAAAAAUACAAUGCCAUUUGUUUUUAUAGGCGACGAAGCAUUUUCCUUGCGCUGCGACUUUUUGAAACCAUUCGGACAGAACGAACUUAAUCAUGACCGAAAAAUUUUUAAUUAUCGGCUUUCGCGAGCAAGAUGUAGAGUUGAAUAUGUGCCCGUUUUAGAAUAUUCCAAGGAGCAAUUUCCAUUAGUUUAGAAAGCAUCAAAAAAGCAGUCAUGGCCGCCUGUGUUUUACAGAACUAUUUAAGACGAAAAUGUGGAAAUGCAUAUGUACCAGAAGAUAACGUUUAUAGGGAAAAUGUACAGGAUGGCAAAAUAGAUAUAGGAUUAGAAACUACUGGAAUGACAAAACUGAAGCGCGGCUACAAUCGAAGAAGUAAUAAUUAUGCAAAAGAAGUAAGGCUAUUGUUCACAAAUUAUUUCUGUCAAGAGGGUGCUCUGUCCUGGCAAGAAAAAAUUAUACUGUAACAGUAGUAUAAAACAAUACCCCUGUACUUUUUAUCAAUAAAAUAUUACAAUGUUACCUACAUAGUUCAUUUUUUACUUACCUCUCCUUGGUCUGAAUCAAACUGUUCAUUUAUCACUUUAUCUAGUACGUUUGAUACAGAUGAUCUGGGCUCCUCUUGAUCUUUUAAAAAAAGCAACAAAUCAUAAUACCAUAAAUGGAGCGUAUAUAUGUCGUCCUGCCCGGCUCCUGACCUUUUUUGUUGAUUGACUCUGCAAUCUUUUUUGCUUCUCUGCGGAAUCCAGCACGUAGACUAUUUAUUUUAGUUUUUACCGUUUCCUUUGCAGCUGUUUUUUCUAUUUCUUUCCACUUAUCUACCAGUAUCUUAUAGGCAUCGUUUUUUCUAUUCCUAUUCAUGUAGUCCUUGGAUUUAGUUUUCC